AUGAAGGCCAUCCGGCGCUCACUCAAGGGCGAAAAAGAACCAAAGCCACAACAUAUCUCCAUUACCCCAAAGUCUGCAAUUGCCAUUCUCCCGCCAAAAAAGGUUAUCAAAGCCCUGUAUGACCACAAGCCCGAACCCGGGAAUACGCAGGAGCUGGCCUUCAGCAAGGGUGAUUUUUUCCAUGUCAUAAGCAGAGAGGACGACACCGACUGGUACGAGGCGUGCAACCCUCUGAUCCCAAGCGCGCGGGGUCUUGUUCCUGUCUCAUUUUUCGAGGUUAUUGGCAAAAACGAGCGUAACAGUGGUGGGUCUGCGGGGAGCCCCGAAGAAUACCAACAAGAAUUGCACGACUCUGGUUUUUCGGAUCGCAGUCCACAACACGUCCGGUCGGAUUCGACGAAUACCACCAAACAAGCCGCUCUCGCCAGGAUGUCCGCCAUUGGGAAGGGCUCUGGCGCCAUGGUGUACGGCAUUGUGCAGUACGAUUUCACUGCGGAACGCCCAGACGAACUCGAUGCAAAGGCCGGUGAAGCCAUUAUCGUAAUUGCUCAAUCUAAUCCGGAGUGGUUUGUUGCAAAGCCUAUCGGUCGCCUGGGCGGCCCAGGGUUGAUCCCCGUUUCGUUCAUUGAGAUAAGGGAUAUGACAACAGGCAAGGCUGUGAUGGACCCACACGAGGCUGUUCAACGAGCUGGUGUCCCUCGAGUCGAGGAGUGGAAGAAGAUGACGGCGGAAUAUAAGAAUAGUUCCAUCACCCUAGGGAAAUUGGAGGGUGCAGCGCAAGGAGCCGCGGCAGCGCCAUCGGGAGACAUGAAUAGAACGACUAUGAAUGGCAGUGACCCUAACCAACCAUACCGACAAUCCGCCCAGCAGAGCCCGCAACAGUCGCAGACUUUUUAUUCCGCAGCGCUGGCACCGGUUUCCGCAUGCAUCCCCCGAUACCAAUACGAUCACGACAAAUACUGGUAUAUUAUUAGGGCUAAAAUGGAGGAUGGCCGGUAUUGGGAGUUGUCGAGAUACUAUCACGAUUUCUACGACUUCCAGAUUGCACUCCUAAGAGAAUUUGAAGAGGAGGCUGGCAACCGGGGGAAGCCGCGGACUUUGCCAUUUAUGCCAGGCCCCGUCACCCAUGUCACGGAUGUGAUUUCUAGUGGCCGACGACAGAACCUGGAUGAAUAUAUCAAAAAGUUAUUGUCGAUGCCACCUCACAUCUCGCGCUGCCAGCUUGUCCGCCAACUCUUCGCACCGCGACCCGGGGAUAUCGAAAUAUUCCCGAAUUCCUCGGACGAGUACAGACUCUCCGGCGGCUCUCGGCGGUCAUCAGGCCAAGAUCCUUCCCAGCCAGAAUCACCGCAUUCUUCAAGAGGCCAUAUGAACACUGGCGGCUACCAGACCGGCUCGAUGGGCCCACCAAUCUCACAACGCCAACCGCAAGCGCAAUCGCACCUCCAACAAGGACGUGUUCCGUCACAAUCACAGUCGAACGGUAGCGGCAACGGCAGCGUUAGCUUCAGCCGCGCCGAACUGCAGAAUCAAAUUAUGAACCGGCAACCCAGCGCGAUGACACAGACUUCCUCCUCCGCAAAUUCAAGCGCGGGCGCGAUCAAGAUCAAGGUCUUUUUCCAAGACGACCUGAUCGCCAUCCGCGUGCCCAAUGACAUCAACUACGUGCAGCUGCGGGAGAAGCUGAAGGGCCGGCUGAAGCUGGGCGACGACAUAAUAUUGCAGUAUAAAGAUGAACCGAGCAAUGGGUUUGUGGAGCUGUUAAGCGAUAACGAUCUGGAUACGGCGCUGCAGCGCAAUGCGAAGCUUACGCUGUAUGUUGGGCUCGCAUAA